AUGUCGACGAGCAACUCUACCCACUGGGGUGAAGAUCCAUCGACGUCUGCGCCCGCGGCAGAGAACACCUACUCCACGCAGUUACAAUCUCCGCUAUUCCGCCUACCUCGAGAACUUCGCGAUAUCAUCUACGAAUACUAUGCGGAGGGCAGGCGAUCGUACGAGUACAACAAGGAUACGAAUAGGUUGCGCUACCGGUAUGCAGCUGCGCGCGCAGAGAACCUCGGUCUAGUAGUGGCUUGUAAAAUCGCAGCGGCAGAACUGAAACAAGUCGCUUUCCAGAAAGCCAAAUUUAGUACACGAUGCUCUAUGUACGACAUUCCGGAGUUCAUGGGAUUGCGCUCAAAGGUCGCUCGCCUUCAUUGCCUCUGCGUGGCUGAGUUGCUGCAAGACUCUGACUUUAUCGAUAUCGAGGCGCGCUAUCCAAACAUGGGUACAUUUGUGGGCGACAUAUUACCAUAUGCAGUCACUCGGCGACGUGAUGUGUGGGCGCCUUUGAUGAGAAUGAUAUGGAAAAACGACGUUGCCAAUCAAGCAUGCAUCGAUGCCCUGCUGUUGGCAUUAAAUCGCGCGAACAACCGCAAUCCAGAGAAGUUCGCCCAGCUUACGAGUGGAGUGUUCGACCAAGGAGUAUGUCCUGUCGGGUGCGCUCUAAACCAAGAAAACCUUUUCAAGGAAGGAUCGUUGAACGCCCUGCUCUCGUGGAAGCCCGAUUCAUGGUGGACACCUCGAGAUGAAGAUCUGUCCCGCAUUGAGCGCCUUCUCUGUAGGCAGAAAGAUCCUCAAGCACCACGUGCUGUGCAUGAGGAGCUAUAUCAUCUUUCUCUGAGCAAUAGUAGAUGCUACUUCUCUGCCGCUGCUAUAGCUAUCGACUACCUACAUGGUAUCCCGCCGAAGCAAUGGCUGAACCUCCGCAAGAUCGUCUUAAACGAGGAUCGUGUGUCUAGGCUUCGUCCUGCAUGUCAUGCGCGUGGACUCAUAGACUUCUGCAAGAGUAAUUCGGCUUUACGUAUCGAACAUCGCAUCGGCCUUCUAGACAAUCUGCUCCCUCUGGUAUCAGAACCGGGUAUUGACGACCCAGACAUACUAGGGCGCACUUGCGUGGACGUAAUUGUCCCAUGGAUUGAAAACACCCUCUCGUUGGCUUCAUAUGGAAUGCCAAUUGAUGCCUACCAACUCGUCAUCGAUGGUAGUACGCAAGAAACAGUCCACGCGUUUGAGAUCCUCAAGCGUGCAGCAGCCAUGCAGGAAGCCAUGCUCGCUCAAGCCCAACGCAGCGGCGUGCAGCCUACGUCAUGGCUCCACGACCCUCAGAAACAUUGUACUUUUCCAUUGCCGUGGCAUCUGCCAGUAGGGCUUCCGAAUGCCGUUCGCGAUAUAAUGGCUGGCACGUCGAAUAUACAAUUUACGGGCCCUGUAGGCGAGUUAUGGGAUCCGGAUCUCAUGUACUUGAAGAGGAAAGACUGGACCAUCGCAGAUUGGCGAAAAGAGUGGAAAGAGGAAAUCUGGUAUGAUUGCGUGAAGACGUCCUUCUACGUUGAUACACAGACGUGGUAUAUGCAAGAGUGA